UUUACGAACGUAUUUUAUUCUUGCCAAGAACCUGAGGAAACAUGUAAACGCGUUGAUGCCUAAUCUUUAAACAGUGAACAAAAUACAUUCACGUUGAAGUAAGAGUAAUACCUGCUGUUGGUCUAUCGUUACUGUAGCUUGAUCGUUGAAUUAGCAUAAAAACCCCGAAAGCUUUCAGUUUAAGUUUACAUCACAUACUCAUGUAUUCUGAAUUACACAGCUAACGGCAAAACACACUGGAUCCCUGAGUCGGUUUGCACAGAUAUGAAAUACAGAAAUGCAAAACAAAACCAAGACAAUAAAUUUCAGGAGGUCACACAAGUCGCUGUCGUAACCAGCAAAGUCAUGCAUUUAUGAAGAGAGUCCUACUUGUGGCGAUGUGUCGCAAUGUUUUCAUCCGUGGCGCUAAUGGCCUUCAGCACACAGCGUGCACGUCAGCCGUAGUAUUUAAUAAUCUCCCCUGAAGGGCUCGCCUGAAUGAUCUCUUCCUCCAGUGUGUCGUGAGAGCCUAUAUUUACUAAGUGUUGCACCCUGAGUCAGAACAGGCUCUGGCUUUCGCCCUCUCCAGAAUAAAUGGUUCUCUGAUAUAUAGAACAGAUAAGUUUACAGCAUCAUUCAUUCAUAAACCACCUGGCUGCGGAACAAGUGAAAGUUUACACAGCUCCUCCCCGUUUGGGUUACAGAGCCUGCGGUUCCAUACCUUGGCAACAUGGCCGCUGUCACUCUCAAACCGCCGCUCGCAGGAACUCCGUGGAGAUCGCCCAUGGCUGCGUACUUCCGGCACCUCUAUCAGCCUGUGAUAUCGGUGGUCCGACGGAGCGGCUUCGUCGGCGGUUCUUCGCGGGUGCGUCGGGUCACGACCCCACGCCUGCACCAAUCAGAGGAGCGGUCCGCCGCCUGGCGUCCGUUUCUCCUCAGCCAAUCGCCGGGCGCGGCGCCUAGCGGGCGUUCUGUUUGGGUGCGGAGCUGCGCUGCAACUGACAGGGAGAAAUUUAAAACGCAGCCGGUAACGAGUAGCUUUUACCUGUUCGAAUAUGUAACCCCUUCCACCCGAGUCCGGUUAGUUGCAUUGUGCAUGCAGCCUGAGAUAAUGCACUGCUCGAUUGUGGAUCCAGUGAGCAGCUGUUCCAUGAUUUCGACGGCGAGUGUGACUUAGGUUACCUCGACAAGCCCGGGUCCUCCGUCAACACGGACGCGCUGUUGUCCAGUCGGGUUGUGUUUUUCGGCUUCUGGGCGAUUUCUUCACCAGGACGUGCGUGGUUAGAGUCGCCAGCCCGUCAAUGUUUCAGGACGCCGAAGAAUAUCUAGUUGCCAAUGUGGUGGCUUUAAGGAAGCAGCUCAGGAGAACGGAGAGCAGCCUGCAGAGUCUCGGAGAGCAGCUGAGCGACGACUCCGGCGGCUGCUCGGGUUCGCGGGGCGCUGCGCCAGGAGGGCUGACCCUGGAAGAUCUCCAGCGGCCCGACGACAUCCCGCCGCUGCCGGGCGACCAGCAGCACCCAGCAGCCCGCGGCGGGACGGCCGAACGCAGGGGCAGCAGAGCCAGCUCUACUGACGGCCAAUCGUUUUCAGGUCCCCCUUCCUCUGCCCAGCUGGUCGAGAUGGAGAACGCUCAGCUGCGGAGCAAACUCAGCACCAUCCGGGAGGAGAAUUCCUCCCUGCUGAUCGAGAACCGCCAGCUCGCCAGCAAAGUGGAGGGCCUGCAGUGUGAGCUCACCAACUCCAGAACCAAGAUCCGGCUGCUGGAAUCCACUGUGGGAUCAAGGGCUUCCGUUAUCCCUGUGCUGAAGGAGCAGAUCCAUGGUUUGGACGCCGAAGUUAAAGCCCAGGAAAAUGCACUGAGGGACGCACAGCUGAGACUGGAGCAGAGCCAGCAGUCCAAGCUUUUCAGUGAGAGAGCCGCAGAGACGCUGAAGGAGGAGCUCAGGAAAGUGAAAACGGAGUUAGCUGAGCGAACCAGACAAUGGAAAAGGACUGAGCAGCAGAGGAAUGAAGCCCUGCUGAAUGCAGAAAAGCUGACGGUGGCCUUCCAAGAGUACAAAGUGAAUGUGUCGGUAAAGCUCAAGAAGGCUGCAGAGGCGGAGCAGAGGCUGAAGGCGGGCCUUGAGCAGCGGGAGGCGGGACAGGAAGCGCUGCGGAGCCGGUGCGCGGAGCUGGAGCGCGAAGGGAGCGAGAUGAGCCGGCAAAUAAGGCAGCUCAGCGAGGAGCACGGCAAGUCUCAGCUGAUGCAGAGCCUCCUGGCCGCUGAGAAGACAGACCUGCAGUCUCUGCUGGAAGAGUCCAGGCAGCAGAUCCUGAAGCUGGAAGGGGAGCUGGCGGGACGGGAGCCCGUCCUGAGAGAGAGGGAGUCUCUGAGGAGGGAGAACGGUGACCUGAGGGCCCUCUCCGACUGCCAGAGCCAGCGGCUUGCCCAGUGCCAGCGAGAGCUGGAGGAGAGCCAGGCAGAGCUGACCAGCCUGGAGUCCAUCCUGGCUCAGCUCCAGUUUAAAGAGGACGAAGACGGGGUGCUCAGGGCGGAGCUAGGCGGCGGGGCCCCUAAAGACUGCGGCGGCGGGCGCAAGGCCGUGUCCCAGGACCUCAGGCUGCAGCUCUCCAGGAAGGACCCGGGCCCCCCGGACAGCCAGGGCCCCUGCAGCGCUGUGCCGAGCGAGCUGGCCAGGGCGACACAAGGUGGAAGUGAGGCCUGUGACGAUCAACUGUGUCUUCCUGCUGUCGCAUGUGCUGAAACGCAGCUGAAGAGGAAGAGUUCUCGGCUGGCCGCGCUGCAGAGGCAGAUCGAGGAGAAGACCUCGGCCUACUCCACUGCCGCGGUGAGGAACACGGAGCUGGAGCAGGACCUGCUGGAGAAGAACAGCAGUCUUCAGCGCCUGCAGAACACCUUGAAUAGAAAGCAGAAGGAUUUCCAGGUGACUCUUGAGCGGACCAAAAGCCUUCACGUGGAACAGUGCAAAGAGCUGGAGAGCCAGAUCGAGCUGUCCCGGUGUCAUCUGGAGCAGCAGCAGGGGCAGAUGAAGGAGCUGGAGAGGAGGGUGUCAUCUGCGCAGCAGGACAGACGGAGCGCCCAGCAGAGAGCUGACAGUCUGCAGACUGCUCUCGCUCAACUCCAGCAGGAAAUGGAAGUUAACGAAACCAGGAACAAGGAGACCCUGAGAACUUUGAGUGAGCAGGCUGCAGGCUCAUCCACCCAGGUAAAACUUCUAGAAUCGGCACUUUCGACCUGCAAGGAAGAGUUAGCCUUCUGUCUGCGGAAGGUAGAGGAGAGCAAGGAACUGUACGAAAAGCAGCUGGAGAUGAAGUCCAAGGAGGUGGAAGCCCUGCAGGCCGAGGCGAGACGCAGCACACUGACCGUGCAGGAGGCUGCCCAGGGCAACCUGCAGCUCCAGCACAGCCUGCACCAGCAGCAGGACAUGCUGCAGCAGAGCACGGCCCGGAUCGCUGAGCUGGAGGACAGCCAGGCCCAGCUGCAGAGACAGGUCUCCGUGCUGGAGCAGGAGCUGGAGAGGCAGAAGGCCGGCGCGGCUCGGGAGCUGAAGGAGAGAGAGGACAAACUGCAGGAGGCCUGCGAGGAGGGCGGAGACAGAGCGCGGCAGGCGGCUGAGCUCUCCAGCACCGUCAGGCGGCUGACCAUGGAGCUGGCCGGGUGCCGGGCGGAGCUGACGGAGACGGAGAAGGAGCUGCUCAGGCUGCGCAGAGACAGCAGCAGCAAGGCCUCGCAGCUCAGCCAGCUGGAGCUCACCCUGCAGGAGACGCAGGGGCAGCUGGAGAAGAAGUCGGACCUGGUGAUGGACCUGGAGGAGAAGCUCCACCGCAGCGAGGCGGACAGGCGCAACUCCCUGCAGCGCACGCAGCUCCUGGAGAGCCAGCUGCAGUCGGUGCGGGGCGAGCUGACGGAUACGCUGGGCCACCUGCAGGAGCUGCGCGACGUGCUGCAGAAGACGCAGCUCUCCGCCGAGGAGAAGGAGGCCUUCAUCGACAAGCUGGCCGGCGAGCUCAGGGAGUGCAAGAAGGAGCUGGAUGAUCGGAACAAUGAGCUUCUGGACAUGGACACAGCCCUGAAGGACAGACAGUGGGAGCUGCAGCAGAGAGCCAGCCAGCUGAGCCAGUUAGAGGUGACGGUGCGAGAGCACAAGUCGGAGAUGGAGCAGAAGAUAUCCAGGCUGGAAGGGGCUUUGGAGAAAUCCCAACAGGAAGUCAAGGAGCGUGAAAAACAGGUGCACUUCCUUAGCGAGAGACUGGAGCUGGCAAAGACACAGCUGCAGGAGAAGGAGGACUCUGAGAAGGAGGCCCUUGCCCAAGGUCAGCAGGUCAGGCUGUGCAGAGAGAGGCUGCAGCGCGCCGUCCAGGAUCUCCAGGAGUCGCAGGAGCAGACUGACCGGCUGGCCCGCGAGCUCGCCCUCAGUGCGCAGCUCGCCCACGAGAAGGAGGCUCGUGCCAACCGGCUGGCCGAAGAGCUGGGCGCAGCUCAGGCCAGAGCUGCCCAGGCAGAGGAGAGGCUGCAGGCCAGGGUGAAGGCACAGCAGGAGGAGAUGGAGGACAUAAAGCAGGCCCAUCGGGCAGAGCUGUCCGCGCUGCGGGAGAGCCGGGAGCAGCUGCUGCAGACCACUGGCUCCGUCUCCAGCACUCUGAAGAGCUCCCAGGACCGCCUGGGCGGGCGCCUGCAGCAGAUGGGCGCCGAGCUGGCGGAGGCCCAGGGCAACAUCGCCGGCCUGCAGGCGGAGCUGGCCGCCCGGGACCAGGAGGCCCAAGCAGAGAGGGAAGCUCUUCUCAUCAAGGAUGCAGAAAUAGCAAGACUUCAGGCAAGGAUCUCCAGCCAGGAGAGAGCAAUGGAGCUGCAGAACACCUCGUUGUGCUCCGCGCUGCCCCCUGCUGGUAGUGCCAGCUGGGAACGGGACUCUGUAUUCCACUUCCUCCACACUCUGCCAGCCUACAGGGACCUGCACCGGUCCGUCAGUGUCCCAGACUCUCCUCGCUGGCCAGACGCCGACUCGCUGGGCUUCCGGGGGGACGGGCUGGAGAGCGCCCAGCUCGCAGGAGCGCUGGCGGGGCCUCAUGACCAGGCGUGGCAAGGCCCGGGCGAGACCAGCGCUUCCUCCGAAUCCUCCUUCAACCCCCUCACCUACGCGGUGAACGACGACAGCGCCCUGAGCUCCUCCUGCGCAGAGCCGGAGAAGCCCGGCUUGGGCACGCUGUGCGGGAUGCUGCAGCUGGUCAACCAGCAGAUCGCCCUGAGCGAGGCCUCCACGGGCCAGGCAGCAGGCGCCGGCCCAGAGCUCCACCCAGCCAGCGCGCGUCCGAAAUCCCUAAAUGAGACUUCAGAUGAGCUCCGUCUCAGGUCUUCAGAAACUCAGCCGUCUUUCUCCUGACUCCUGUCUCUGCUCACCGCGGUACAGUCAGCCCCGCACCGGAGGACGGAUUUCAACUUUUUAGCUGUGUGAACUGGCAAAAAUAAAAAUUCCUCAUGCCUGGA